AUGGCCCGAUUAAAGCUCUCCAGCCUGCUCCUUGGACUCUACGGAGCUCUGGCUCUGGGAGCUUCACUGCCGAGAACGGAAACUUCCUCAGACGAAACUGCCCUUACCCCAAGAGGCAUGCUUGCUUUUCCGGUCUCGCAUGAAGAGCAGGAACAUCCGAUCGAGAGGCGGCGAGUACGACGACAAACCGAUACCGACACGCCAGUGUUCAACUAUUCUUCCGUUGCGUACAUGAUUGAGCUCAGUAUCGGUACCCCCGGCCAGUCUGUCAAGGUGAUUAUGGAUACGGGCUCAUCGGAGCUCUGGGUAGACCCGGACUGUAACACGGCCUCGUCCCAACCGCAGCAGAGCGAGUGCUUGCGUAACGACUACUACGACCCUUCGAAGUCCUCAUCCGUCGUAAUCAGCAACCGCCAAAAGACCCUCAGGUACGGUCUUGGCAACGCUACCAUUCGUUACGUCACGGACAAUAUCGCUCUUCCGCAAUCAGACAUCUCUCUCAAGGAUGUCCGGUUCGGUGUUGCGACUGAGACGUUCCAGAUGAGCCAUGGUAUUCUGGGAUUGAGCUUCGGAAACCGCUUGAACCUCCAGUAUAACAACUUUGUCGACGACCUUGUUGAUCAAGGCGUCAUAGCCACCCGCGUCUUUGGGGUUGCGCUCGGUGCGAAGGAAGAGACGGCGAACAGCGGUUUGCUUACUUUUGGCGGUCUUGAUACGAAGAAGUAUUCGGGCAAGCUUCACACUUCACCGAUUCUCGGGCCCCAGAAUGGGGAGCAGCUUUACCGAUACUGGGUGACACUCAACCAGAUCGGUGUCACAGACAGAAAGGGAAAUUCGAAAGUAUACAUGGACAGCGAACUGCCCGUCUUCUUCGACACCGGCGCGACUCUCAGUUAUCUUCCGGAACAGGUCGUCACAGCUUUGGCAGACGACCUUGGCGCCCAGUACAAUCCCAAUUACGACCUUUUCCUUGUUCCUUGCGGUCAGCAGGGCUCGAUCAACUUCACCUUCGGGAAUUUCACCAUCAAUGUGGGCUUGGAAGAGUUCGUCUGGCAGUUGUCGGGCAGCUCGACCUGCGCCUUGGGUGCCAUGGUUGAGACGGACAAUUCGUACAUUCUCGGAGCUUCCUUCCUCCGAUCCGUCUACGCCGUCUUUGAUCAAGAAACUCCGGCUAUUCACUUUGCGCAGUACGCCAACUGCGGCUCGAAACUCCAGGAGAUCCCCGCAGAUCAAAACGCGGCGGCCCAAUUCGAGGGCGAAUGCUCGACAAACGACAUUGUCGGCUCCGGCACCAACUCCGGCUCUGGCUCCGGCAGCGGCGACGACAACGCGGCGAACAUGAUUCGCCGCAACGGCAUGUGGCUCUCAGUCGGUGUUGUUGCUGCCGAGCAGGCACUGGCCUGGCUCGUGUAA